GGGAGGCCGGGGCUUUCGCACGCAUUCACCUUUCAUUGUUGCAAUCCACAUUCAGGCUGGGACUGGGAACUGGGAACUGGGACCUUGGAGCUGGUGGCUGGGAAUUGGGGUUGAGAGCUUGGAACUGGGUCUGGGGAGAGAUGUGAUGAGAUGUGUUGAACAACCCCCCUCCCCCCUCCCCAACUCUCUCACAUCAAGGGGAGGGGGAAAUAAAGUACUGCGCUAGGACUUUUACCAAGAAGGCGAUCGAAAGGGAGUUUUAAAAAAACCAAGUAGUGGCACCCGGCUCUCCUAAAGACUUGUUUCCAGAGUUUAAGGGUAAAAUGCUAUUGAUUCCAGAAAAGACAUUUCAGAUGCAAAGACGCAACAGACUGGGAAACAAAAGGUGAAAUUUGUGCUCGAGGACUUUAUUUUUGAACACGUGAGGCCCGGGCCAGAAUAGAUGCCCAUAGAGGCGAGGGAAGGCUUCAAGACGUUUUGGAGACUCGGGUGAACUUCUCCCCAAACUGGGCCUUCGGAAAGGAAGGGUGAUGACGGACAUGAUGAGCUUGAAGGAGACCUCGACCCGCCAGCUGCGGCAGAAGUUGGCCAGCCUGGGUCGCCUGGUGGACGAGUUGGAGGAGGCCACCAGAAGCCUCCACCGGAUGGAGGACGAGAUCAUGGACUUGCAGGACAAGGUGAUCCAGGCGGAAGGCAGCAACUCUGGCCUGCUGUCGGAGGUGGACCUGCUGCGCAGGAGGGUGCUGGCGGUGGAGGGCAAGGACGAGGAGGUGCGCAAGGCGGAGGAGAUGUGCCGGCGGUUGAAAGAGAAGCUGGAGGGCGAGGCGCGGUUGAGCCGGGAGCUGAGGGCGGAGGUGGACAAGCUGCAGGGCCGGAUGGCUGAGCUGGAGAAACUGGAGGAGGCGUUCGGCCGCAGCAAGUCGGACUGCACGCAGCUGAGCCUGAGCCUGAACGAGGAGAAGAACCUGACCAGGAAGCUGACCGCCGAGCUGGAGCUGCUGCGGGGCCGGGUGAAGGAGCUGGAGUCCACGGAACACCGACUGGACAAGUCGGAGAAGUCCAUCCUCGCCGAGCUGGAGAAGUUGAAAUCCCUGACCGUGGUCCUGGCCGAGGAGCGGAAGGCCACGGGCGAGACCUUGCAGGCCAGCGAGCGGCGUAUUCGUGAGCUGACCACCAAACUGGAGAUGACCAACAGGAUCAGCUCGGUGGACCAGGGCAAGAACUCCUCCAAUCUCAGGGCCAACGUCAAUGAGAAGACCUAUGGCUAUACGGGGGACCUCAUGAUCGAGGGGGACAUGUCCACUGAGCUGGGGAAGGGAGGAGGUCUGGACGCCAUCACCAUAUCGCACAACGUGGGGCUCAGGAAGAAGGUGGGACAGGAGGACAACAAGAUCAAGGAUCUCACCCAGGAGAUCGAGAGGCUGAAGAAGCGGCUGACACUACUGGAGAUGGUGGAGGAAGAUCUGAAGAAGACGGAGGCCAAACACAACGAGCUGCAGGAGAGGUUCCUGAGCGAGCAGUCUCUGGCCAAGCUGCUGGGCCACCAGCUGGAGGAGAUGAAGGAGCAGAUGUCCAGGGAGAGGGCAGUGGGCAACGGGGAGACGCAUUUGCCGCCGGAGACCCGCCACCGGUCCCGGCCGGACAAGCCGAAGUACCGGGGGGCGGCGGAGGAACCGCCGGUGGUGGCCAAGGAGAGAUCCCAGGAGGUCCUCUCGUCUCAGCCCAGGUCCCAGAGGGAGAAGGUGAGAAACCGGGACCUGUUGCCGGAGGACGACCGCGGCGGGAAGGGUUACCGGCGGCCGCUCAGCCCCAGCAUGGGACGGAGGUUCCAACGCGCGUCUUCCAACCCGCGGGCGGCGGCGGCUCCCAGCGAGAGGAGACCGGAGCGGAAGACCCCCUCGCCCAGCCCGGAGCUGAAGAACCAGGAGCUGCCGCUGCCGGAGAAGGCGAGGAAGGCGAGGGAUCCUCCAGCGGUGCUCAGCCGCUACCCGCCCGCGGCCAACGAGUCGAACGGCAAGAGACCCUGGGGCGCCCACGGUAAGGCCAGCGUUAACGGGACGAGGGGCAACAAAGCAGAGCUGGACGAUGGUGACUUGGAGCAGGCGGUACUCCCUGACCGACGGCUCAGCUACCCGGAGACGCCCGGCCACGGGGAUGAGGUCGGUGAAGAGCCGACGUCCACGAUCACCGGCCUUCUCAACGGGACAUCGCCGGCUGGCAGGAACCACUCGGCCCCUCCGACCACGUCUCACAGCGGGGCCAGGAACUCGUACGUGGUGGAGUUUGAAGUCCCCCCCGCCGCCGAGCCCGAGGAGGUGCCGGGGGGGACCACCACCACCACCACCAGCGCCAGAAGCCGCCGGUCCAAGUACCAGCGCUCCUCCUCCCGCUCCCUCUCCCAGGACCUGGGUCUGGAGUACACGGCCGCCAGGUGCGUCGCGGAGGACAAGCAGAUGGCCGAGGUUGGCCUCCACCACCUGGAGGUGAGGAGGGUGUGCAGCCCGCGGGAGGGGCUGAGAUCCAAGGCCGUCAUCAAGCCGGCCAUCAUCGCCAUCGACAAGAAGGAGGUGAUGAGCACCGGGGCAGAGCCGGGCGCCGGGGAACAACGGUCGCCCCCCAGACCGGUGCCGAACAAAGUGACCAGCAGCAUCACCAUACCUCCAUCCGAGUUGUCCUCGCAGCGGCCCGCCACGCCGAAGGAGAUCCACACCUCCACCAGCAACAUCACCAUCGGCUCCAGCGACACCAUCGCCCACAGGAGCAACUUGACCAUCCCGUACGAGAUCUCCAUCCAUCGCAGCGACAUCACCGUGAAGAUGUCGGGCUCGGACAGCAGCGAUGAGGACGGGACGGAGUCGGUGUCCGGGCUGUCGGUCAGCACCAGGGUGGGGGUCAAGGUGGGCGGGGGGGCCACCGAGCAGGAUUUGGGGGGCAGCCCCACCACCACCACCACCUCCUCCUCCUCCUCCUCCUACAGGGGGGGCGGCCAGGGGGUGGACGGGCCGGAGAGGACCAGCUGGAGGAGCGGCCGGGCAUCGGAGGUGUCGGCCGAGCCGGCCAAGCGGGAGAAGGACCUGGGGCUGGAUUACUCGCGACUGGCCCCCAGGAGGACGGGUCAGGGCCGCCAGGGGGGGGAGCCGGUCGGAGGGGGCGCUGCUCUGUCCGAGGGCUACGCCCGGAGGCUCAGCAACUUCUCCAACUCCUCGGAUUCCUCGGAGUCCCGGAGGAGCCCGGUGUCGGAGCCGGGCCGGAGUUACCUGGCGAUGGACACAGCAGCACGGCGGAGGCAGCACUCCGCCUCGGUGGCGUCCAAGGUGGCCGACUGGAACAACAGCUGUACUAUGACAGGGCAGGACAACUCGGACCUUCUCUCCGCACUCAACUCCAGCGUAAUGUCCAAGCGGAAGGAGAUGGCCAAGCAGAUCCUGUCGGAGCUGGUGACGGAGAGGGUGCCUCGAGCCGACCCUGCGGGCAAGAGGCAGUCGGUCCAACUUGAACUGAGGAGGAAUGCCGAGGGCAGCCCGACCCAUCAGAGUGGAGCCAGGAGCGAGGACACCACCCCUGUAGGCAUCCUGUCGCAGAUACGGAUGACUUCGAGGCGGUGAGGCUUCCACUAGGAUUCAUCAAAGUUGCACGGCAGUUUUUAACGUCGACACACCGCACUGCGCAAGCUUCCGCAAAAAGUAGGGAACAUUUUCCAUCCUGUGCACUCUCUGAACUCAAAGCAAUCAUAUUUACGCCUAUAUUUUUCUAGAACCGAUCACUCUGACAGCCGCUGCCGGUAGUCGGGGGAGGCAAUUGUAAUUAUUUCAACUCAGGGGGAAGGAGGCGAGGGAUCGUCCACACGUCCCGGCCCGGAGUGAACGGAGAAUCCGUCGCCUCUCGUGAUGGCUCAGCGAGUGCGGAAAGACACUUGAGCCUGUGGGAUGAGAGAGAAUCAGGAAAUCCUCAGGUGGUUGCAAUCGGGAGGCACGUUCGAAAAGCCAGUACAAUCAUCAUCAGUUACCUCCCCGGGUGAAAGUUGUACAAAAUCUGCAUAUCCUACGUGACAGUCUAAAAGAUAAGACCUCAGUAAGUAUUAAAAGUGUAACGGAUUAAAGUGGCGCGCUGCCAAACGCAGCCCAGUAUGUAUAUAAUUGUUCUCUGUACUUGGUGAAAGUUUUCUUUUAAACGGGAAAAAAAAAAGUUUUUAAAGAGAAGUCUUUUUAAAUU